AUGGAUUGGGUUUUUGUGCAUAAAACUUGGGAUAAGUGGGCUUCUAACAACAUUGGUUCUGGUCUUCCUUUAAAAGCUGCUUUGCUCAUUAAUUAUGACCCCACUGGACCAUCUCGCCUCUUAUCUACCAUUGCUGAACAAGAAGGAAUAAAACUAGAUAUCAUUGAGUUGAGACAUUUUGUAGAUAUCAUCAAACAGAAUAAGCUCCAGACUGAGAUCUUCAACAUUGGGCCCAAUCAAUAUUUGGUCACGUCAAUUCAUGAGAACUGGUUUAGUGCAAGGUGCAUAAACACCUCAAAACCUGCUGGGGAAGGUGCAAUUGUUAUGCAAACAGCAGCAUAUAUUUUGGUUGCUCUAUAUGAAGGUUCCAUUGCUCCUGCAUCUCGUGCUAUGGGAGCUGCUGAUCACUUUACUGCGCAAUUACUGCGAAAGAAUCUUUAG